AGCCGCCUUUUUGGAGGAUGGGCUCCUGAAGAGUUCAGGGCUUCACUUUCCGCAACCAGAUCCCUCGUGGAAGAUCGCUGUUCUCCGCGCAGACGCGGCACUUCCCUAAAGUGAGAUCCGUUGAAGUCCCCUCCGUCCUGUGUCUAGCCCGGAACGACAAGUCGGAACACCACAGUUCCUGGCUGACCUUGUCGGCAAUCACUUCCGCCCGGGGGGUUGGAAUACCCCAGGCCCUUCGGCGGCGAACGACAGGCAAGGCACUUCCGGUGUGUGUUGCCUAGGCGCCGGCCUGGUGGGCCUGAAGGGACGACGUUGCUGGGUCGUCCCCUCGUCCCCCGUUUUGGGGGCCGAGAUGUCGCGGCUCAGCUACUCGGAGAUGGAGGGCUGCCGUAACCUGCUCGGCCUGCUGGACAACGAUGAUAUCAUGGCCCUGUGCGACACCAUCACCAACCGCCUGGUGCAGCCUGAGGACCGCCAAGAUGCCAUUCGUGCAAUAUUAGUGUACAGUCAAAGUGUAGAAGAACUUUUGAGGCGCAAGAAAAUCCACCGAGAAGUCAUAUUUAAAUACUUGGCAACACAGGGGGUUAUUAUACCUCCAGCUACUGAAAAACAUAGUCUUAUUCAGCAUGCAAAGGAUUACUGGAAAAAGCAUUUACAGCCGAAAUUGAAGGAAACACCAGAGCCAGUUAAGACAGAGGACAUUAGACUCUUUCAACAGCAGGAAAAAGAAGAUAAAAAUGCUGAAAAAGUUGAUUUUCGUCGAUUAGGAGAAGAAUUCUGUCACUGGUUCUUUGAGCUUCUUAAUUCUCAGAAUCCUUUUCUGGGACCACCUCAAGAUGAAUGGGGGCCACAGCACUUCUGGCAAGAUGUCAAGCUUAGGUUUUACUACAACACCUCUGAACAAAAUGUGAUAGACUACCAUGGAGCGGAAAUUGUAAGCCUUCGUCUGCUGUCACUAGUGAAAGAAGAGUAUCUUUUUCUCAGUCCCAACCUAGAUUCCCAGGGACUGAAAUGUGCUUCUUCUCCCCAUGGUCUAGUUAUGGUUGGAGUUGCUGGGACUGUCCACCGAGGGAACACUUGUUUGGGCAUUUUUGAACAAAUUUUUGGACUCAUACGCUGCCCUUUUGUGGAAAAUACUUGGAAAAUCAAAUUUAUCAAUCUGAGAAUUAUUGGAGAGCAUUCUCUUGCUCCUGGAACAUUAAUGAAACCAGCUAUUACAUUCGAAUCUAGUGAUCUAGAGGCCUUUUAUAAUGUAAUUACUUUAUGUGGUACCAACGAAGUUCAACUUAAUGUAAGGCAGGCAUUGGUUAGUGGAACUGGGGACCAAGCUUUACGCAGUGGUGAUGAGGCAUUGGUGAACAGAAGAGAACUGAGUUUACCCAACCCUCUAAAGCAUUGAGCACUGUAUAUCAGUCUAAAAAACCUUCUAUACAGAAACUCGUCCAAAUAUCACAUCAGUAAUGUUUAAGUGAUUUCAGAUGGGGAGGAUCGACCUAUUUUAGUUGAAAUAUCUUUCUUGACUACAGACUAAUAUAUUAUGUGAAUACUUGCCUCUUUCUACCUGAGUUGGAGCAGAUGUUCUGAGAGCUUAAUGCAGUUCAUCAAAUAAAUCCCACUUUAGAUGGUAUAACUAACGGUGUGCCUUAGAAACCAGGUAAUACUGUCAUUUUACUUAGUGAGUAUUCUGAUAUCUGUACUUUUCAUGUGAGACAGAUUUGAUGUAAACUCAAAAGUUAUUUUAGGAAGCUUGAAUAACAUUCUCACUCAAAAAGUCCGAUAAUUUAGCAGGUAGAUAAAAAUUUGCUUUGCCUUUUUAAAAUUUGAGGAACAUUUUUCAAAAGUUAACUGUAGUAGUCCAAGCUGAUCUAAACCUUCAGCUAAUAGUUUUAUAGAGCAUUUAUUGUAAUAUCAUAUAAAUGAGACAUACUGUUGACAUUUUUAAAAAGGUGUGCGCAGUUCCUUUAUUUACUGUUUUCCUCUUGAUUGAUCUUGGAAGAGGUGACAAAAACCCAAAAAACAAAACACAUACACAAAUUUAUACCAUGGAUAUCUAUUAUAUACAUAUAUACACAUAUAUAUAUGUAUUCCCACAUCAUAAAUUAAAAUUAUUAGGAUUUUUCACCCCUAAAUUGUCAAUAGUUUUGAAUUACAAGAUUAAAUUGCCAGAUUAAUUACAUAGUUGCUUUAGGGUUUAAAUUCUUAAUCACCUGGCAACUAUUUGCUGAUCUUGGAUUUAGUGAUUUUAAUUUACAAAAAUGCCGUAUGGAAAUAAUUCAGCUGGGAAUUUUUGUGAUGGUGUGCUCUACAUGUUAAAUUUUUACCUUUAACUCUUCUCAUGAUCAUCUCGGGUAACAGUUUUUGGAAGCAAGAGGAAAAAACUCAUCUUUUUUUGUUUUUUUUUUUAAUGCCAUGCCUUUAUGAGGAGUACAAAUUGAUAUGUCUUAAAAUAAGAACUUAAUAAAGGAGGCAAAUCCCUUGUCUGCUCUAAAAGUAGUGUAUUGUUUAGAUUUAAAGCCAAGUUAUGGUUUUCUCCUUUAAGUAUAGAGUAUCAUUAUAACAUGCACUCAAUAAAUAUCCUAAGUAAAGGAUAAAAUUAAAAAGUAUUCCCAUCUGUUUUCUUUAUGGCUUAAUGUCGAGUACUACAGAAAUAUUACUACAGAUGCUCAGGAUGGGCCGAAGUUGCCUCUAGCUACCUUCAGUAUUAACUUUUUUGAAUUUGUGUAAUGCUCAAGUCAGGUUGCCAUCUCUGUUCUUUUAAUCAACCUUAGGAAUUUGAAGUCUUCCUGACAGACUCUCUCACUUGAGGAUUGGAAUUAUGAUUUAUUUUCUAUGAAUCUCCACAAGUGGGCAAAACAGUAGGACCUAAUGUUUUAACUGAAUGGG